AUGUUUGGUAAAGAGCUAGCUGAGGAACCACGAAGUCACAGCACCGCGUCAUUGUCGCCCACAGAGCACGAUGGCGAUUCCGUGCCAAAUGAGGUGGAGAAGGGGAAUGAUAUGGACUUGGCGAGAACGAAGUCGAUAGCGGAGACGCUGUCGUUGCCACGAGAGAUUACCUUCGUGGCUAUUGUUUGCAGUGCGCAGCUGUUGACGCAAGCUGGAUUAGGAAAUGUACAAACUAUUGUUCACAUCAUUGGCAACGACUUUGGUCUCUCAGACGCACAGCUGCCAUGGCUUAUCGCAGGCUACUCUCUCACAGUAGGAACCUUCAUCCUUCCCUCCGGUCGCUUCGGUGAUGUGUUCGGAUACAAACGCAUGCUGCUCAUCGGCUUUCUCUGGAUGUCUCUGUGGUCUAUGGUCCUAGGGUUGUCUGCUUACUCUAAUCACGUCCUCUUCACCUUCGCCCGUGUAUUCCAGGGAAUCGGACCAGCCAUCAUGCUGCCCAACGCCCUGGCUAUCUUCGGAGCCACCUACGCCCCAGGAAAGAGGAAGAACAUGGUCUUCGCCAUUUUUGGGGCAUGCGCACCAACGGGCAGCAUCAUAGGCAGCGCAUUCGCCGGUCUCUUCAACCUCGCCUGGUGGCCAUGGACAUACUGGGCGUGCGCAAUCUACCUGAUCAUGCUCACCACCGCAGGCUUCUUCAUGAUCCCGGACCCCCCGAAGAAGUCCAAAUUCUCGCACAUGUCGGCGCGCGAGCAAAUCUCCAACCUCGACCUCCCUGGCGCCUUCGCCGGCGUCGCCGCACUCGUCCUCUUCAACUUCGCCUGGAACCAAGCGCCCCUUGUCGGCUGGGACAAACCCUACGUCUACGUCUGCCUGAUCCUGUCGUUCCUGUUCCUCCCGCUCUUCUUCUACAUUGAGCUUCGCGUCUCCAAGACGCCGCUCAUUCCCUUCGACGUGCUCUCCACGGACGUCGCCUUCGUGCUGGCCUGCGUCGCCUGCGGCUGGGCCUGCUUUGGGAUAUGGUAUUAUUACACAUGGCAGUUUGCGCAGGUGCUGCGACAUGCGUCACCGCUGCUUGCGACGGCGUGGAUAUCGCCUGUCGUGCCAUCUGGCUGUAUCGCGGCGCUGGUCACGGGGCUAGUAAUCCACAAAGUUGGGCCGCCGCCCGUGAUGAUGAUUGCGCUGUCCUGCUUCACCAUCGGCACAAUACUCAUCAUGACAUGUCCUGUGGACCAGAUCUACUGGGGCCAGUUCUUCUUCUGCACCGUGGUCACGCCCUGGGGCAUGGACAUGUCGUUUCCCGCGGCGACGCUCAUCCUUUCCGACGCUGUUUCCAAAGAGCAUCAGGGGAUCGCAGCGAGUCUGGUGAACACCGUGGUGAACUAUUCGAUUUCGCUGGGGCUGGGGUUCGCGGGGACGGUGGAGGUGUAUGUUGUGAACGGGGGGACAACGCCGGAGGAUACGCUGAGGGGGUAUAGGGCCGCUAUGUACAUGGCGGUCGGGCUCAGUGGGCUAGGGCUCAUUAUCAGCGGGGUGUACUGCGUGAAGUGCUGGAUGAAGGAUAGGAUGGGGAGCUGCAAGCAUGACGAGGAGAAGUGA